UUGUGCAAUAGUUUUAAUAAAUGUUCGAGGAAAUGGAUGAAAUGCAACGUUUUUGCCGCGUAUGUGGCAAAAAAACCAUCUCCGAUAAAAGAAUGAACCUUUUUUCAAAUGAUAAUAAAGGUAUUUUACGUUGCUUACGACAAAUCACAAAUUGCUGGAUCUCAAAUGUGCCCGAUUUUCCUUGCAACAUGUGUGUGGAAUGUCAUUCAUUCUUAAAAAAAAUUAACUCUUUCCGAAAUCGCUGCAUGAAAAUAGAAAACUUUCUCUCAAGGAACAAAGUAAAGCUGACCGUUCAUUUACAGCAUGCGGUUGAGGUGGAACCUCAGAUACAAUCACAACCGUUGCCAGCUGAUGCGGAUCCUUUACAAAUUGAAAAUACACAACUGAAUCUCAAACCAGCUUCAUCUUUGGACGGAAACUGCGUUAAAGCAGAACCAUCCGAUAAAACGCUGGAGAAAAACGACGGCAUUGAACAGAGGGAACAAAAAUAUAAAUUAACCGAUUGGGAUUUUAACAAUCAAGUCGAUGCCGAUUCAUAUUUACAGAGGCAUGAUGAUGCAGAUAUGUCAGCAAUGGCUGCGGAUCUGCCUACGUCAUCAGAAGAAACUACAUCUGAUACGCAACCAAUAACAACACCGGAAAAUGUGAGUGAAAAUCAGUCCAAGCAACGGUCCAAAAGAUAUACAAUACGUCUGGGAAAGCGGCUCGUACAGGUUAAGAUGACAAAUGAAAAAAAACGUAUUGUAUGUCGUCAGUGGCCGGUGUCCCAGCCAUGCAUUUGUGAGCAUUGUGGCCGUCAAUUUAAGGACGUGAGCAAUUUAAAUAUUCAUCUGUUGCGGCACACCGGUACAAAGAAUUUCGAGUGCGAGCAAUGCCAUCAGAAAUGCUAUACGUUGCAUUUGCUUCGGCGCCACCAACUGAAACACACAGAAGGUCCUUACCCGUGCACCUUCUGUGGCGUUGAAUAUAGCACGAACAGCUCCAGGGUGCGCCACGAAAGAGAGGCUUGCAAGAAAGGUCGAGGCCCCCAAUCUAGAUACGAUGUUAUAAAGAGAGGCGAACGUACUUUUCAUUGUGAUGUCUGCGAUCUCUGGUUCCUGCGAGCUGGAAACUUAACCCAACACAAGAAUUCCGUUAACCAUAGAGAAAAUGAAAGACGGCAACAGCGUAAAGUCAGAUCAAAAAUAAAGAAAUAAAUACCCGAAA